UACCCUCCCCUUGUUCUCCGUCCCUCCUUACUUCCCUUUCUUUACUUUUCUCUCUCCCGCUAUGGAUGUCGAUGAAGAGCAAAAACGACAGCAGGACGAAUGGCUCAACAGUCGCAAGCACAGGCUUCCCUCUUUCACUGAGGUCCUAUCCAGACGGACACGACCUCCCGUUGACUUGUUUAUGUUCUACCUCUUUCUGCAGCGAGAAGGAGCAGAAGAUAUCCUCGACUUCUGGCUAGACGUACAGCAGCACGAGAACCUAUGCAGGGCCUACUUCAAGGACGUGCGAAAGUCGGGUCGCACCAUCAAAGAGGACUGGCCCCAGUAUUGGGAUUAUGCCCGCCGUCGUGGUUCGAUAUAUGGCACCGUCGUCGGCCUCCAGCCCAGCGGCACCAAGCGAAGCACAGCCAGCACUGGCGACAUGCUCAGUGACGCCGAGAAGCACGCCCUCGCAACCAUGGACGACAGUCAUGCAGGCGAACGUUCCGUCUCCCCCUACCCGCGGCCAUUCACCCCCACAACGACCGACAACCACCACGGUUCCCCGCAAUCUCCAGGCGCCGGCAUGAGCACCCCGAUGCCGAUGGACGACGCACCGCGGUCCACCACGCCCUUCUCGAUCGGGCGGCGCACCCCGCUCUUCAACAUGCGCCGCGCCUCGCGCGCGCCAACCAUCAUCCAGCGCUCGGCCGCCAUCUCGCGCCUGGACCUCGUCGCGUCCGCGGAGCGCAUCUACUUCCGCUACCUCUCGCCCGCGGGCACGCUCGCGGACCAACAGGCGGGCGAGAACCACGAGAUCUACCUCCCGCCGGCGCUCCGCAUCCACUCGUUCCCGCUCAGCAGCGCGCACGAGCCCAAGACGCACGCCGAGCUCGCGGUGCUUGCUCAGGUGCCCGACAUGUUCCACGCGCAAAAGGAGUACUGCUUCCGCGCGAUGGAGCAGGACGCGUUUCCGCGGUUCCUCAGGGCGAAGGCGUUUGGGAAUCUAACGCCCGUGUCGGCGCUGGUCAGGCUCGUCGCGGGGCUUGUGACGCUGUGGAUCGGUCUUGCUGCGGGGUUCUCCUUGAUUUUCCUGGACGUGCAGCCAAAGUCGAAACGCUUCUUCCUCUUCAUCCCAUACACCCUCGCCAUCCUCUUCCUCAUCUCGCACCAAUACGAGCUCGACCCCAUCCUCGUCUUCCUCGGCCAGUCCGAGUCCACGCCGUUCCGUACGCUCACGAUCCGCGAGCCGUACGUCAAGAAACUCUUGUUAGGCCGCGCGAUCUGGGUCACCACCCUCGUCGCCAUCUUCUCCGUCGCGCUGACGAUGAUCUUCUGGGCCGUCCCGGGCAAGCGGCUGUGAGGCUCGACCUUGAGCUCGACCUUUGCCCUUGGUCUCCGUCGAACUCGGAAUCGAUUUCUUGACCUCAUCUUCGUCGUCCGUUCGCUGCGCUUGUCGCGUCGUGUUGCUUUGUUGUUUGAUUGUCUGUUGGGCUGUUGUUCUCAUUGUCACUAUGGCUGGAUGGCUGGAGGAGGAUCCGGGGCAGGUAAUUGGGUUAGCCUGACCGAGGAGCUGAAGAGUGAAGGGAGAGAAAGAAAGAAAGAAGAUAGGCUCUAACCGUGGCCUCGGUCUUGGGACAGUUGCGACGGCGGGGGGAAACGCUGUUCUUAUCCCCUAAGUUUCUCCCUUCUCGCUCUGUACGUCCUCAUAACUCCCUCUUAACCUACAUCACAUCCUUAAUACACCAAAUUAGCACGCUCGUUCCACCCCACCCCCCGUCUGUCCUUCGACAAUUUUACCUACCUACCUACCUACGUUUCCCUACCUACCUACCUACUCGAACCCGCCUGAACCUACCUGACGUCUCCCGAUUUGGAUACUUCUAGAAUGACAGACGUUAUCCUCGGAUCUUGGUUCUGCACCGCGACAUUCUCCGUACAUUUCUUCUUUCCCUCCCGAUUUUGGUUUUUCGCUACGCUACGCGUUGGCGUUACAGUAGCUAGCUGCCUAUAGUCUCUUGAUUCUCUUUGUUGGUUAUCGUCGGUAUACCCUAUCUCACGCCUAGCUCAUGAU